CUACUCCUCCUGGUCCGCGCCAUUGCCAUACAGCUGGCCGUCUGCCUCCUCGUCGCCAUCGCUGUCGCCAUCGCUGUCGCUGCCGCUGUCGCUGUCGCUAACGUGGGUGGCCCGGUCAUCCUCACCCCCACCAGGCUCAGGGACCACGUGAAUCACACCCGCCUGAAUCAAGGCCUCCAGACGCUGUGCGUCGACGCGAGCUGUGAAGUGGUCAAUGUGGAUCGCCAUUGUCUGAAUGAAUGAACCCAAGAGCACACAAGAGACAGACAACACACUGACAGUGUGUGUUCGCGUGGUGUCCCAUACACACACGGUGCCGUGCAGGCAGGCAGGCCACCUGCUCUGCGAUGUUCCCGUCAGUCCUUGUGUGCCUGCAGCUCGACCAACUUGUCCACAUCGCCGGCCUGCAAGGAGGUCAGAGCAAGGUAGACAGCCGUGUGAAUGAAUGGUACCCGCUGUCCGUCGCUCUCUCUCUCGUCCACUCACCUGCUCAAUUUGUGGGUGGUAGGGGUUGUCGGGGAGGCCCUCAUCCAAUUGGCCUGCUUCUGCCGACCCGCACUGCACACACCCAGACAACACACAUCGGCAGCACACAACUGGUAGGGGGGCUAGCGAUGGACAUGUACUUCCGUGUAGUGGACCUAACUUAGCAUCUGCCACAGCACGUGCCACAGCAUCCUGAGCGUGAUACCCGUGGAGGCAUUGUGGUUGCUGUCCUUAUUGAGCAGGCCAAGAGGGGCGCUGAAUUCCCCCACACUCAGCCACAUGCUCAAUCUGCACAAACGGAUACGCAAUCAGACACGUCAAUGUGGGGCUAUGUGCGGUGUGUGUCUUGGAGAUCGCUGGCUCCCAUACGCACCUGUCGCUGUGAUCCUCGGGCUACAAUUCUUCCGAUGGUCCUUGCUGCCGUGCCGGAAAGCUCCGCGCUGACCGCCGCGUCGACGAGCAGAGGAAAUAAAUCAGGAUCGAUGACAGCCUGCAGGUGAGCAGGACUACCUGCACCCAAGCGGUCCACACCAAACAGCACAGCACCUUACUCGUGACGCCGCAGGAUGGCAUGUGUGUGGCCGUCUUACCUCCAGUUACGAACGCCAUCGUCAGGCAUCCGGUGAGUCUCAUUUGUGGCUCAGCUGACUGCCACGGCGGCACACUCGACCAACAUAUCACGGUCGGCAUCGGUACCUAUGAGGGCCAGGGAAUCACCAAUCAGAGGCAAGCAGGGCGUAUACAGCGAUCAGCCGUGGAGGCAGCCAAAGGUGGCGGUUCGUCCCCGCACUGACCUUGGCCCUCGAUACACGCCCAGGCACACAACUCCGCCACGUACCCCCAUCACCCGAACACGGUCGCCCUCAUCAGUCGCACUGGUGAAACUUGCCAGUAUGGGCACGAAGGGCGCCAGCUUGGCCAGUGGAGGCAGGGGCGGCCGGACACUCCACAGGGUGAAGAGCAGCUGGACACCUCUGGCGAGCACCUUGAUGCUGCUGCUCUCGCGCAUCGCCUUCAGCAGCGGCUCCAGGACGCCUGCGGCCGCCACAACGGCAUCGCGACCGGUCACUGAUCCCUUCGUGACGUUGCACAGCGCCUCGAUGGCCUCUGUACGCACAUCAUCAUCGGGUGACGACACGAGCUGCACCAGCGGCGGGACCGCACUGGCAUCCACCACGCCCGCGGCAUGACGCAGCGCCAGUCUGCUAAGGAGUCUGCCACACUCUCCAGCUCCUCGCGCCCGCUCAGCUGCUCGACCAAGACAGGCACCACAACGACGUCGACGGCCUUCUGCUCCAUUGUGGAGGCCAUGUGGUUGAUGCUCAACAGGCGGAGAAGCUGAUACAU